CGCGCAAGUUCGAUAGGCUGCAAAGAAGCCGUGUUAUCGCUUAUCGUUGCAGCAAGAAUCGGCGGCAAGAGACGCGAAAAAAAAUACACUUGCGCUGCAAAUCAUUUAUUGUUUAUAAAUAAACACAUUUGCCGUUUGCCCCAGCAUGUCAGCCGGCAUUAUCAAGACUCCCAGCACUGGGCGCAGCAAGGACGCAAACGUUACAAAGUCGGCAGAGCGCACCGGCAGCGCCGGCAAGAAAUUGGUGCAGACGCGUCUGCCCUUUAAGCUGAUCACCACACCGCUAGCCAAAGAUGAGGCAGCAACGACGGCAACGCCAAGCAGCGCAGGCGUAGUCGAGAUUAUAGAACUGGAUGAUGAGCAGGAAGUGACGCGUGAGCCGCGCAAGCGCAAAUUAUCCUACAGCGAAGCAGAGCAGCUGCCAUCAGCAGCGGCAGAGACAGAGCAGCUGCGUCGCUCGAAUAGCAAAGAGAAUAUGGCAGUGAGUGUAAUAACAAGCAAAAAAUCAAAGGCCACAGAGGCAGAUGUGGCUGAGGAUGUUGUUGAGCUAGAUGCGGAUGAAGAUGAUGACGAUGAAGUGCAGGCCAAGAAGCAGCCGCCAACAAAGCAAGAGAAGCAGCCAGCCAAGCGCAAAAAGUCGCUGGAGCAAGCGGCGCCCAUACAGAUUAAGUUGCCGCUGAGCAAACGCGCCAAGCGACGCAAACAUUUGAAGAAAACUGAAGCGCAGGCAACGCCUGAGCCAGCGCCAGCAGCAGCAGCUGAACGCAGUGACUCCAGCGAUGAUAUAGAAGCUAUAGCACAGCAGCUGAAUCCGCAAAAGAAACCAAAGGUGCUGCUGGAGCAGAAGAAACAAAGCGAAGCAGAGAGCAGCGCUGAUGAGGCAAAGGCGCCGAACAGUUCGGAGCUGGAGCUGGAUAAGCAAACAGCAGAGACAGCAAGGGACUCGGAAAUGGAAAUGGAGGUGGAUAAGCCAGCAGCAGAGCCAGAAAACGACACAGAACUGGAAAUGGAGCUGGAGGCAGAGGCAGAGCAGCCUGCGUUGUCCCUCGAGCUGGCGGCACAAGAAAAGAGCGAAAAGCAUUUGACGCCCAAGCAACUGAAACUGAUGGAGCAGCGACGUCAAGCGCGUGAAGUUAAAGAGCAAAAGCUGCUGGAGGAGCGUCGCCUGAAGCAGCAGGAGAAGGAGCAGCAGGCGCAGCAGCGCAAAAGCGAGCGCGAGGCCAAGGAGGAGGUGCGACGCAAAGAGCGCGAGGACAAAGAGAAAGAGCGACGCAAAGAGCGCGAGGAACGCGAACGCAAGCGUCAAGCUGAGACCGAAGAGAAGCGCAAACGCAACGAGGCCAAAGAGGAAGCGCUGCGGCAAAAGAACGAAGAGCGCAAACGCAAAGAGCAGGAAAAGGAAGAAGCAGAGCUAAAGAAAAAACGCGCUGCUGCGAGCUUUAGCAAAUUCUUUGUAGCCAAGCAGCUGCGCAAGGAGCCCCAAGAGCAGCAGCCAGAGCUGAACGCUGAGCAGGAGCAGGACACAGCGUUUCGACCGUUUCAAAUCAAAGAGGACAUGAUAUUGGCGCCAGUGCGACGCACAACGCUGGACGAACGCCAGCGUCGUCAGCUGGACAGCAGCUGUGUAGAAAAUGAAGCCACAGCGCAGCUUUAUUUGGAGCAGCUGCGUCAGGGCGCGCACAAACCGCUGCGCAGUGAACGCGAUGCGCGUCUAAAGCGACGCGCCAAGGACGAGGAUGAGGAUGAUGAAGUGCAAGUUAUAGAUGAUUUGGCUACAGCGGGCAUGCCCAUUGACGAGGAGCGCGCCAAGCAGCUGCCCUGGAUGCGUGUCAAGUAUUUGCACUUUGCCGACAAUCGACGUCCGCCCUACUACGGCACCUGGCGCAAACGCAGUCAGCUGAUAAGGGCGCGUCGUCCUUUGGCACAGGAUAAGGCGCACUUUGACUAUGAAGUGGACUCUGACUGCGAGUGGGAGGAGGAGGAGCCGGGCGAAUCGCUUAGCGCCAGCGAAGAUGAAAAGGAGCGCGAGUCGGAGGAAGAGUCUGAGGAGGAAUACAACGAAUGGUUUGUGCCGCACGGACAUCUAAGCGAUGAGGAGCUGCAAAACGAUGAUGAGCAGGAUAAUCACACACGCGAAGCGCAGCAGGCAAAGCUGCAGGUGCUGCAGCAAGAGUUUGCGCAGGAAAUGAAAAAGCAAACAAAGAAAAUCAAGCCACGUCUGCUGGGUCCAGUGUGGCUGGACGCCGAGGGUGGCAAGUCGCUGCUGUGCCCAGCGGUAUUUACACAAACUAUUGAGAUGUACGCCUGCUGGCAGCUGCAGCCGCUGACGCUGGAGCCGCCGGCAGCGCCACAAGACGAGCUGCCUGUUGUUGAGGAGCCGCUGCAGCUAACUGAGCCGCUGCUGCAGCAGCUGGUGCGUCUUAUACAUGGCAAUAGCAAUAGCAAACAGUUUCUGAUCUCCGAGUAUUUGGAGUUUUUGAAAACGCAACUGCAGUCUGGUCAACUGCUGCCAGCCAAGACGCUAGUGCGUGAGAAAUUCGAUGAGCUGGCAAGCUGGAAACCCGUGGAGCUUACACCUAGCGCUGAGGCUAAGGACAACAAGAAAUCCAAAAAGCCCAAGAAGCGUCUUUGCUGGCUUGUGAGCGAUUCAAUGCUACAAAAAUAUGAGUUAACCGAUUUAACGCUACAGAAUCAAUGGAACUAUACGCUAACACCCAAGUCUAAUCCUAGCAAAGCAGAGGAGCCGCCUGCCACGCCCACAGUCGACAGCGCUGAGCACUUGCCGCCUGCUCCAGCUGCACAAAAGAAACGCAACUCACUUCCAGCUGCUGCUGCUGCUGUCGAGCUGGCGUCCACUUCAUCACCCAAGCUUGCAUUCAUUAGCAAAUUUUUACGCAAGCCUGGCGCCACGCCCACUAAGCCAGCUACGCCCAGCGUGCCAGCGCCUGAUGAAGAUGUCGUCAUGCUUUCAGACUAAUUUAAAUACAUUUUUUUUUUGAUUAGCAUUUAAUUCUAUAUAUAUAUAUUCUUCAUGUCUAGACGUUUUAUGCUGUUGA